UGUGCUCCCGGAGAGGCGUGUGUGACGGACUAAGGGGCUGUUCGGGAGUUAGGGAGGCAGUGGUCUCCAGAAAGCGAGAAGGGCGCCGUGUUCGCCGCAUUCCUCAGAGCUUCUGAGUGCCUGUCCUUGGCGAGUCUGCCGGUCUCGAGACCGCCUGCCAGCUGGGGAUGGUUCGCUUACCGGGAAGGAAGCACCCUGGAGGGCUUUCCCGCAGGGACCGCGAUCCUCACUGCCUCCUGCUUCACUGAAGAGACAUGUUAAAGAUUCAUCACUUCUCUAAAAUACCAGUAUUUACAACUUGUACUUGUCAGCCUUUGUAGAAGACACAUUUUGGAAAUCAAAAUGAAUGCUUUCUAUGAAGUUUUAGAUCAGUUAUACAAGAAGGUACUUCUUGGAGCUACACUUGAAAGUGACAGCCACAAGUACGUCUUUUAUCUCAACCCAGCACUUUCAGAUCAAGAGUGUGCUACAACCCUGUCUGUGGAAUGGCCGGACACAGAUGGAGUGCAGGACAGGCAUCAGCCACCCCCUGUCGAGGUGACUGCCACUCCUGCAGCAGGGGUUUGUGUGAAGAGAAUCUCUCAGACAAGCAGUGUCCGAGAGACGAAGCUCCUUCAGCUAACUGUGAUCCAUGUGAUGAUAUCCAGGGUAGUGUCUGUGGAGACUGAGAUCCAUGCACAGGAGAAAUACAGAGAUAUAACUAAAAUUCUUUUACACUCAGCUGAGGUCGAUUGUAAAUUGAUUUGCUUGGUCCAAAAUUCAGACAGAUUGUUGUCUCAUAUGGCUGCAAAGUGUCUGGCAUUGCUUCUCUAUUUCCAGUUGAAAGAAAAGAUAACAUUAAGUAGUUACUGGAGUGUUUUUUGCCAAAAAAAUCUUUCUGAAUACUCUGAGAGUAAUGAAGUAAUGCAUUGCCUCUGGAUUCUUAUAGCUGUAAUAAAAGAAGUCUUUAAAGACACAUGUUCAGAAAAAGCAGAAAUUCUAAAGCAGUUCCUGACUACUUUUGACAAUACUUUUGAAGUGUUCUACAGUUCCUUAUUUUCCCAGCAUUUUGAAAACUGCCAGGAUCCUUCUAAGAUAGUAAACAGCUUAGUGAGUUUCUUGGACUUACUUGAACUUCUCAUAGCCUCCAGAAUCUACCUGAAGUUACAUUUCAGAAGCCAGAGGGUUUUAUUUUUGAAACCUUCUUGCGUGCUAGACAUUCUUACCUGGCCUAUUCAGGCUUUUGUCAAAAGGAAGUUGAUGAUAUUUAUCAAAAAGUGCCUUCUGUGCAAGGUGGGCGAAGACCUGUGUCAUGCAUCUGUGCUUGUCACAAUGUCACCAGACCACCAUUUAGAUGUGGACAUGUUGGCUUUAGCUAAUGCUGUUUUGCAUACUGUGAAUCUGGGCUUGUUGAAGACAUGGUCUGUUGAUGGAAAAUGGCCUUGCUUUGGAGGUAAAGAAGUUCAUCCUGGAUGUGGAGAUACUGCUGGUCCAGAUCAUGUGCUCCUUAGAGCUGCAAGCUUAGUUAUAAUGAAGUCUCUCGAAAUCAAAUUUCGAAAUUACACAUCUGUAAAUGAAAUGAAAGUUGAUUUACAGAGGUUCAUGUCUGAGUUACUGACCUUCUUAAAGCCUCACCUUCAGCCCUCUCUGCAAUUACACAACCCUUGUGAAUGGCUGUCUAGGGUCUUCAUAGAACAAGAUGACGAUAUGCUGGAGGCUGCAAAAGCAUCACUGAGCAUUUACUUACAGUUGUCCAGAGAAUAUGAAUCUACUGGAAGUUUGACCCAAGAAAAAGAAAUGUGGAUGCAUCACACACAUGAAAAUGGCUAUAAUCCUCACUGUAUUUUUAUAUUCUUCUUAAAAAAUAUAGGAUUUGAUUCUACGGUUCUUCUUGACUUUUUGAUUUCCUCAGAGACCUGUUUUCUUGAAUAUUUUGUUAGAUAUUUAAAGUUACUACAAAAAGACUGGGAUAAUUUUUUCACCAUUUGCAAGGUCUUUGAUGCAACUGAAAUUCAACCUGGCAUGAAUAUUUGUGGUUGUGUCCCCUUGCUCGUCCAAGACCAAAGCAGCCACCAAAUGCCACCGUUUGACGGUUUGACUGCUCCUGAUAGUCACAUACAUGCUCAUACUUGUCUUCCCUGGGCUUCUGGUGAUUCUUCAGAACUUCUGAAGCAGGAUGUGAUGUCUAGUGAGACCCACACCACGAGCGAUCAUAGUCCACCUUCUCCUCACGCUUCUCACACUCUGGUAGACUAUGACAGCUCUGAUGAUUCUGGAGCAGAAUCCAUGGACCAGCAUGUAACAAACAGCCAACAGACAUCUUACAACCCACAAGCAAGCAGGAAAAUUCAGGACCCAGCUGGGACAAGUAGGUAUAAAAAGGAACUUAGCCUACAGCCUCAGUCAAGUCCUCUGGUUCCAAAACAAUCUGCUGCUUCUUUCUCCAUUGACUGUGCAGUAGCCCCAAAUAAUAUUGUUGCUGAAGAAGGGAUAUUUUACAGAAUAGUCAAAUGCUUUGAAGAGCUACAAGGUGCCAUUUACCGUUUGCAAACGAAAAAUCUCUUCCCAUAUAACCCAGCUGCACUUUUAAAGUUGUUAAAAUGUAUGGAAGUAAUAUAUAGUAAAAGUGUCAGCCUUUUGUAAAAUGUGGCAUUUUUUUAAUUCCAGGAAUUGUUUUUCUUUAAUAUAAAUUACGUAUUAAUGAGGUAAUAGUUUUAAAAACAAAAACACAGCAAAAAGGUUUCCUAAAUCAUCUUUCUUUUGCCUUCUUAGACACAUCAUGGUGCCUGAAAAAGAGACAUCAAAUAACAAGACACUUGAUACAGUUCUGUGUUGCUUGCAACUCAUGGCAGUUCAAGCUUACACAAAGUUUGGAAUGGUUAUUGUAUCAGAAUCUUAGGGCUGUCAUAACAAAUUACCACACCCGUAGUUCAAAACUGAAAUUUAUUCUCUAAUGGCUCUGGAGGCUAGAAAUGCAAAAUCAGGGUGUUGGCAGGGCAUGCUUUCUCUCAAGGCCAUAAAGAAGAGUCUUUCCCUGCUUCUGGUAGUUGCCAGCAAUGCUGAGUGUUACUUGCCUGUAGCUGCAUCACCCCAUUCUGUAUCUCACGUGAUAUUCACCCCUGUGGGCAUGCCUGUGCCCACUUUCUGUCUUAUUGGGGCACCAGUCAUGACAUUAGGGACUUCUAAUCUAGUCUGACCUCAUUUUAACUUGAUCAUAUCUACAAAGACCUCAUUUCCAAUUGAGACCCCAAUCAGGCUGUAGCCAGGCUUGAAUUUCAGGAAGACACUAACUUAGUAUAGUUAUUAUCUCCCUCUGAGGUGUUUACAUGUAAAGUGAUAGGUGGAACUUUUUAGGAGAGGCAGUUUGCUCUGUAUACAUACAUGCUUACAUACUCUGAAAAUAAUUUUUUAAAAAAUUUAGCUGGUGUAUAUUUGUGUACCAUUAUAAUUUGAUGCAUUAGAUAAUAUUUGAUAAAUCAGUAAUUAACAUUGCCAAGUCUUCAAAUAUUAUCAAGUCUCUACGUUAGGAACCUUUAAACUCUUGCCCAAAUAAUUUAAAAAUAUUUAUGUUGUUACAAAACAUAGUUAUCCUACUGUGCUAUAGAACAUUAGAACUUAUUUCCCACCUAAGUGUUUUUUCGUACCUAUUAUCCAACCUCUGUCUUUCCCUUUCUCCUACCCUUCCUAGGUUCCGGUGACUUCUGUUUUACAGUACUUGAUUGUGAUGAGCUUUUUUAGCUCCCAUCAAAGUUUGAGAAUAGAUAGCAUUUAUCUUUCUGUGCCUGGCUCUCCUCAUGUAAGAUACUGUCCUAUGUCAUGACAAGUGACAGAAUUUCAUUAUUUGUGAUAGAACAAUAUUCCAUUUUGUACAUAUACAAUUCCACAUUUCCUUUAUGCAUUCUUCCAUCAAUGAAUGUCUUCAUUGAUUCCACUUCUUGACUACUAUGCAUAGUACUGCACAUAAACGUGGACAUGCAGAUAUCUCUUUGAUACUGAAGUAAUUUCCUUUAGAUAUGUACCUAGUAGUAGAUUGCUGGAUCAUAGAGGAGUUCUUUUAAUAGUUUUUGGAGAAACCUCCACAUGAUCAUGUUCUGUAAUGGCUUUCCUAAUAAUUUACAUUCCCAACAGGAUGUAAGAGUUCUUUCUCCAUGGCCUUUAUAAUUUCCUUUUGUCUUUUUGGUAAUAGCCUUUCUAAGCAGAGUAGCAUGUUAUCUCUUUGUGGUUUUGCGAUGUAUUUCUCUCAUGAUCUGUUUUUUUCACAGCUGAGGCAGGAGGAUGGUGAGUUUGAGGCCAGUGGUGGGGGGAAUAGAGCACGACCUUCUCAAAAAAAAAAGAAAGAAAAUAACAUGGUUGUGAUAUGAAUAAUUAUUUGGGUUUUUUGAGGAAAAGUGGUAAGUCCAAUUUUCAUAUUUAUUAGAUUUGUAUGCUAUGAAUAGCAAUUGUAUUGUGCUAAUGAAUUUGUUAUUAAUCUAAAAUGGCCUUACAAUAUUUUGUAAAUGACCCUUUUGUAGAGACAUAUAAGGAAGACUAAAAUUUCUGGACAUUAAAACAUAACAUUUGAUUUAAUAUUUGAUCAUGUAUAGUGAUCAGAAUAGUCUGUGUUAGCCAGUUGUGAUGGUACAUACCUGUAAUACCAGCACUCUGGGAGUCUGAGGCAGAAAAAUCUCAAGUUUGAGCCAAACCUGGGAAACUGCAACUCAGUAAGAUCCUGUCUCAAAAUGAAAGUAGAAAAAGGGCUGGGAUGAAGCUCAGUGUGAAGGCCCUGGGUUCAGUCUCCAGCACUGCCACACACACACAAAACAGUCCAUGUUAACUGAAUAGACAUGGCAAAAGUCAAAAAGUUUGGUAACACAUUUGAUAAGGAUAUGCAUUGAGUCAGUUUGUACCAUAAUUUACUAUUUUUAUGUUGCCCAAACUAGCCUGUAAUUCUUGGGCUCACACAAUCCUGAUUUAGCUUCCCAAGGAACAGGGACUAUAGGUGUGCACACCACGGUGCUUGUCUGUAUCAUAAAUUUAAAAGCAUAUCAAAGAAUAUAUAUUCAAUUGUUAAUAAAAGCAAAAGACUAGAAAUAACUGGUUAAGUCAGUGUGUGUGUAUGUGUGUGUGUAUUGGAAUACUAUGUACCUAUAAAGAAUUAAUUGUAUCCAUGUUUGUAGCUAUAAAACAUCUCCAGUAAAGAAAAAGACAGAGAUACACAAAGACAGAAAUAUACUGGGCUCCCAUUAGUUUAAGGAAAAUAGCAGGGCAGGAGUAAUACACAAAUAUUUAUACAGUCAUCCUUUGCUAUCCACAGGGAAUUGGUUCUAAGACCUUCCCACCACCAAGACUCAUGUAUUGAAAUCCCUUAUAUAAAUGGCAUACUAUUUGUAUCUAACUUAUACAACCUCCUACAUUAUGCCUAAUACAAUAUUAAUGUUGUAUAAAUAGUUGCCAUGCUGUGUUGUUUAGGAAAUGACCAAAAAAUAAAAAGGCUCUAGAUGUUCAGAACAGGCACAAUUUUUUGAAUAUUUUCAGCCUACUAUUAGUUGAGCUACAAUACAGAAGGCUGACUAUAUAUAAAACA